CUUUCUGGGCGGGAGCAGCCAGUUGCUGUGUUGGCGGAGACCCGUUGCGCGUCUACAGUCAACGGAGCCGGGGGAAAAGGCACUUUUAACGUCCCAUCGCCGGUUGCGUAGCUUCAUCUGUCUUUCUUCGUGUCGUGUGCCUUUGAAAAGCUGUAAACAUGCGUGAGUGCAUAUCCAUCCAUGUUGGUCAGGCUGGAGUACAAAUUGGUAAUGCUUGCUGGGAACUGUACUGCCUGGAGCAUGGUAUCCAGCCUGAUGGGCAGAUGCCAAGUGACAAAACAAUUGGUGGCGGAGAUGAUUCUUUCAACACUUUCUUCAGUGAGACUGGUGCUGGGAAACAUGUCCCCCGAGCAGUGUUUGUGGAUCUGGAGCCUGCUGUUAUAGAUGAAGUUCGAAAUGGAUCAUAUCGGCAACUAUUCCACCCAGAACAACUCAUUACUGGUAAAGAGGAUGCUGCCAACAACUAUGCUCGUGGACACUACACAGUGGGAAAGGAAAUCAUUGAUUUAGUAUUGGAAAGAGUGAGGAAGUUGGCUGAUCAAUGUACUGGUCUUCAGGGCUUCCUGAUCUUCCACAGCUUUGGUGGGGGUACAGGCUCUGGGUUCACAUCACUCCUCAUGGAGCGUCUGUCUGUGGAUUAUGGCAAAAAGUCCAAACUGGAGUUUGCCAUCUAUCCAGCCCCACAAGUAUCCACAGCUGUAGUGGAGCCAUACAAUUCCAUAUUGACAACCCAUACAACACUGGAACAUUCAGACUGUGCCUUUAUGGUGGAUAAUGAAGCUAUUUACGACAUUUGCAGGCGGAAUCUGGAUAUUGAGCGCCCAACAUACACAAACCUGAAUCGUUUGAUUGGCCAGAUCGUGUCUUCCAUUACAGCAUCUCUGCGCUUUGAUGGGGCCCUCAAUGUGGAUUUGACAGAAUUUCAAACCAACUUGGUGCCUUAUCCACGCAUCCACUUCCCUCUGGUCACUUACUCCCCCAUUAUUUCUGCUGAAAAGGCUUACCAUGAGCAGCUGUCUGUCUCUGAAAUAACAAAUGCCUGCUUUGAACCAUCAAAUCAGAUGGUGAAAUGUGACCCGAGGCAUGGAAAAUACAUGGCAUGUUGUAUGCUGUAUCGUGGAGAUGUGGUUCCCAAAGAUGUGAAUGCUGCAAUAGCUGCCAUUAAGACAAAACGCUCUAUUCAGUUUGUGGAUUGGUGUCCAACAGGUUUUAAGGUGGGCAUAAACUACCAACCACCCACUGCAGUCCCAGGUGGGGAUUUGGCUAAGGUACAACGAGCAGUAUGCAUGCUUAGUAAUACCACAGCCAUAGCUGAGGCAUGGGCACGUCUGGAUCACAAGUUUGACUUGAUGUAUGCCAAGCGUGCUUUUGUUCACUGGUAUGUGGGUGAAGGCAUGGAAGAAGGCGAGUUCUCUGAAGCAAGAGAGGAUCUGGCUGCAUUGGAGAAAGAUUAUGAGGAGGUUGGCACCGACUCUGUGGAGGGAGAAGAUGACGGCGAAGAAUACUAAUUCUGACGAAGCAUUAUGAAAAGUGCCUUUUCUAAUUACCAUUCUGAUCAUGGCUGCUUUGAAUAAAAACAUUUUAACGAACCAA